AUGGCCCAGCCCACAGAAGCAUCUGAUCCCUUGAUCGCAGCUCUCCCUCCGGCUACGGACUACUUGACCUACCUGACGCUCGUCGAAUACCAGCUGACCCCUGCUCGGUUGCCGGUCCUUCACCAGGUCCUUCAAGAUGAGACGCUGACUAUAAACAUCGGCUGGGAUCUGGUCAACAUACUCAUUCCACUUCUGCCGCACUCGCGGGAAUGUCUCGACGAUAUUGCGAGGCUUGGAAACCCAAGGGAGGUUAUCCUGCGGGUUUCAGAGGCUUUGAUGAAGCUCCAGGCCACGGAAGACGAUUCUCUAGAAAGUGAGGAUGAGGAUGCAAAUAAGCAGGCUAGCGAUCAGCGGCAUCUUCCCCUCCAUAUUGUGCAGUUCAACUGCCUCUUAUCAAUGCUUUCUACGCUGCACUCACGGAUAAAGACGAAAUACACAAGUCGUUUUGUUGCAACUUCUCUUCACGCUGUUUUGGAAGCCUACUCAGAAUUCCCCACUACAGAAACCACAGCUGCUAUCCUGGAGCUCCUACGAGAUUUAUCAGGGGGAAAGCGGCCGCCUCUACCCCCGCGAUGUCCUUCGGAACAGGCACUCAACCGCUCUACCGGAGACAAGGCACCAGAUCCCGAGGCGGAUGAACAUGCGGAGGGAGACUCAACAGAUGAGGCCACUGAGGGAAAGUUGACUCAAAGGUUACUGCAGUUUGGCCUUAUCGAAACGUUAAAAACAUAUCUCCUACAAUGCGUGGACGAACCAGGUCCUGCCGGUAUGCAGUGGGCGAUCCGUGUUCAGGAGAAGCUUGAUACUCCUCGUGCGGAUGUUGUGAUCCCCACAUGUAUCGACCAAUUUCACAACGUCGAGUACCUGCGGGAGAGGGAUACUACCUUGGGCAAGAUAGUGGCCUUAUCGAGAGACUUUGGCCUAGAGACAGAUAUGUUGCAAAAGAUAAUAUUUAAAGGAGAAAGUGACCUUCCACCUCCUCUAGAUUUUGAUAACCUGCCUAAUUCUCCUGAUGAGAUUCCGCUGGAGAGGCAUGGAUGUAUUCUUCUCCUUGCUGCGCGAUUUGUGACAGCUACGCUCUUUGGAUCUGGUACACAGGAGCAGCCUCUACAUUUAUAUCCAGACAUUGUUAAUAUCCUGCUUAACUUCCUUGGAGAUUAUGCAUCCCCCUAUACUGCGGCAGCGGAGGAACCAAUCGCAUUGAUCGACUCUAUCCUGUCCCUUGCCGCUGUGGCCAAGACUAGCACUUCCGAAGAUGCUGAAGACGAAGAAGGAUUCAAGACCCUUGUUUAUGGGUUGACAGCUUGUUCUCGUGGCCCUGCUCAAUUCAAGGCCUUCACCCGUCUAGGGUCCAUUCCUGCUCGGGCAUUCCAUGUAUACCCGGAUAUUCAAGUGAGAUACAAUUUAAUGCUGGAGAUUCUUAGUGAAGAGGAGUCAGAUUACGCGAGGUUACCCGCCAUACAAUGGCUUAAGGAAGAGCUUAUAUCACACUCUGCUAAUCCGGCUGAGACUGAGACCGACAACCCAUUCUCUGAUCCUGAGAGUUUCACAUUCUUAUUUCAGUCCAUCUACAAAUUCUCAAGUCCAGCACAGACGUCUACCACAUCUUCUGCUCCCGAGGGUAUAAAGCCUGAAGUAUGGAUGGAGUUUACCCAGGAGAUUGCACCAAUUUAUCUUGAAAAGUUGAACUUUUAUUACUUCCUCUGCAAGUCGUCUAAACUUGCUGAGCAACUCCAUAUAUCUACUUUGCAACCGAUAUUCGAUGCAAGGUUCCUAGAUCCCCUCAAGUCCUUCAUCAGCUGUCUCUCGAGUCCUGCCGUUCUUUUACAUAUUGAAACGGAGAUGGGUGAAGCUACAGUGCAGAUGGGUAUGAGUGCAGCUGAAGUGGUUUUACAGAUCAUUUCGGAUAUUGAGCGUGCUACAUAA